AUGGACCCCCCUACCAACGUGGUGGAGCAGCUGAAGGACGAGCGGGGCUUCGUACUGAAGGCUGACGGCACGUACGACCUGUCGGCGCCGCCACCGUUCACCCUCAGCGACAUCCGCGCCGCAAUCCCGGACCACUGCUGGCAGCGCAACACUGUGCGCUCGUUCGCGCACCUGGCGCUCGAUGUCGGCAUCGUCUUCGGCAUCGCGGCUGCGGCCUACGCCGCCAACUCCUGGUUUGUCUGGCCGCUGUACUGGCUGGCGCAGGGUACCAUGUUCUGGGCGCUCUUCGUCGUGGGCCACGACUGCGGCCACCAGUCGUUCAGCCCCAGCCGCACCAUCAACGACCUCGUGGGCAACUUUGUGCACGCGAGCAUCCUGGUGCCCUACCAUGGCUGGCGCGUCAGCCACCGCAAGCACCACGGGAACCACGGCCACGUGGAGAACGAUGAGUCGUGGUACCCCACCACCAAGUCGAUCUACGACAAGAUGGACCCCGUGGGCCGCACUGGCCGCCUGCGCUUCCCCUGGCCUCUGUUCGCGUACCCCUUCUACCUCUUCAACCGCUCCCCCGGCAAGCAGGGCUCCCACUUUGACCCGGAGUGCGACCUGUUCGUGCCGUCUGAGAAGAAGAUGGUGCUGACCUCGGACGCGUUCCUGAUCGGCAUGGCCGCGAUCCUGGUGGCCGCGACCGCCAAGCUGGGCAUCGCCGCGAUGUUCAACCUGUACUUCGUGCCGUACUGGGUGUUUGUCAUGUGGCUGGACACCGUGACGUACCUGCAGCACCACGGCAGCAGCGACCCGACUGACAAGCUGCCCUGGUACAGGGGCGAGGCCUGGAGCUACCUCCGCGGCGGCCUGACCUGCCUGGACCGCGACUACGGGAUCUUCCACAAGAUCACCCACAACAUCGGCACCCACGUGGUGCACCACCUGUUCCCCCAGAUCCCCCACUACCACCUGGUGGAUGCGACAGAGGCCGUCAAGCCCGUCCUCGGCCCCUACUACCGCGAGCCCGUGCCGUGCGCGCCCCACGGCGUGCCGCUGCACCUGAUCGAGCCUUUGAAGCGGUCGUUCGGCGAGGACCACUUUGUGGCGGACGAGGGCGAGGUGGUCUUCUACCAGCAGGACCCCAAGGGCGUGUGA